GUAGAAAGGGGCGUCCUCUCCUCUGACAGGCCACCAUGCUCACCCUGCUCCACCAUUGUGGCCGUAAUUUACUGACGCAGAGGGCCGUUCAGAGCGUGAAUAAAAGUUAUUAUUCCUCACAGAUGGCGAAGCGCGUGGCUGUGGUGCUAGCGGGCUGCGGAGUUUAUGACGGCAGUGAGAUACAUGAGGUCUCCGCUGUUUUGGUCCAUCUGAGUAGAGGAGGUGCAAAUGUGCACAUGUUUGCUCCCAACAUUGACCAGAUGCAUGUGGUGGAUCAUCUGAAAGGCGAACCAUCUCAGGAGAAGAGAAAUGUGCUGGUGGAGAGUGCAAGGCUUGCUCGGGGAAAUAUCCAGGAUCUGUCCAAACUCAACGUCAAAGACCACGAUGCUGUGAUAUUCCCAGGUGGUUUUGGGGCAGCGAAGAACCUCUGUACGUGGGCGGUGCAGGGGAAGGACUGCGACGUUAACGAUGAGGUGAAAGCCACUCUGGAGGCUUUCCACAGUGACGGAAAACCCAUCGGCCUCUGCUGCAUCUCACCAGUCAUUGCUGCCAAAGUGUUUCCUGGGUGUGAGGUCACUGUUGGCCUUGAAAAAGACGACAAGUAUCCGGACACUACUGGCACGGCAGAAGCCAUCAAUCAGCUGGGCUGCAGGCACGUGAGCAAGAAUGUUGGCGAGAGCCAUCUGGAUGAGAAGAACAAGCUGGUCACCACCUGCGCCUUCAUGUGCAACGCUCCUAUGCAUGAGAUAUUCGAUGGAAUUGGAUCAAUGGUGCAAGGCGUCCUAAAACUUGCCUAAUUCAACUGAGAUUUAGAAGACUGUAGAGGCAAGAACUAAUGAAUGGCGGUGUAUAAACAAGGCAGUAGUUGUCUGCUGAAUGAGCAUAAAAUGAGAAUAACAUCCUGAUUAAAAACGUUAAAUUUGUUUAGAUUUAGUGGUAUAAAUGAUCUGAUGCUUCAUGCGUUUGAGUAUAUUCUGAUGCAGUGACACUAUCUCAUAGUAUCAGUGUUAAUGAAACUUUAAAAAAAAUCAGCAAGUAAUGGCAUUGUACACAAAACUGCAAUAAAAUGAAAAUCA